AUGGGUUUGUGUAGAGAUGUGUGGAUUGCUGUAGUGGCUAUUUGGACAGUUUCCUUGGUUUGUAGUCCACAGGAUGUUUGGAGUGAUUCUCCCUCACAUUUACAAUGUGGACCCGCAGAUCUGCAGUUUUACCUCUCUUCAAUUGGUAAUUAUUCUGCUUUUGUGCUGAGAGCUCUAGACCACAAAGGCAAGGCUCGCAUUCUUCGCAAUAACACUGCCUGUGGGGUUUGGAUGGUACACAAAUCAGAUAAAACUGUUCUGGUUGGAGCAGCUUACAAUGGGUGCUAUGUAAGAGAAAAGGAUGGAGAACACGUGAUGACUGUAAUUCUGGAAGAAGGAAAAACUCAAAAGCACAAAAAAGAUCUGAAGUGUUCAGUCAUGCCAGCUAUGGAUGCUCCUGCACCCAGCAUGUGUGCUGCUGUGGCAAGACAAGAUAGGCUGUCCUGUGCUCAACAAAGUGUGUCAAGGGAUGUCUGUGAAGGCCUCGGUUGCUGUUUUACUCCUGGUGAUUCUGCAAUGCCCUGCUACUUUGGAAAACCAUUGACUGCUCAAUGCACAGCUGACAGCAGUGUUACAGUUGCAAUUUCCACCAUGCUGACCAUACCAUCACUUAUCUUGGAUUCAGUUCAUGUUCUCAAAGUGAAUCCAACUUCUUGCCCUGGAUUGCAAAUAACGAAGAGCAAUGCAUUCAUAGCUUUCAGCUUUCCACUGUCUUGUGGGUCCAUGAAUCAGAUACUUGGGAGCACAAUUCAAUAUGAGAACACAAUUGAGGCAACACGAGACAUAAGGACCUGGGGUGCAGCUUCUAUUACAAGGGACAGUACUAUGAGGGUCACUGUGCGCUGCACCUAUUCCAGAACAGGUGUUGCACCACUGCAAGUUCAGGUAUUCACUCUUCCACCACCUCAUCCAGUCUCCACUACUGGACCCCUUCUCCUGGAAAUGAGGAUUGCCCGAGACCAACAGUACUCUUCAUAUUAUGUUGCUGGUGACUACCCUGUAACGAGAGUGCUCCGAGAUCCAGUCUACUUGGAAGUCCGCAUUCUUCAAAGGACUGAUCCUAAUCUGGUUCUGAUCUUGAAUGACUGCUGGGCUAAUCCCUCUCCUGACGAGACACAACAGCCUCAGUGGCCCAUCUUGGUGAAACGCUGCCCCUUUCCUGGCGACAACUACCUCACACAGCUUAUUCCUCUUGGCGCUUCAACUCCGGCAAUUCCAUUCCCAACCCAUUACAACCACUUUUCAAUCAGCACCUUCACAUUUGUGGAUGGAAGAACACAGCUUGCACUUGGAGGAAUGGUGUACAUCCACUGCAGUGCUUCAGUAUGUGUCCCAUCCACAUCUGGUUCCUGCAUGCCUUCUUGCUUGCCCAGAAAAAAGAGGACAAUUGAGAAGUUUUAUUCAGGAGAAGCUAUGAUCACAUCUGGACCAGUAAACUUUAUUGCUACCAAAACAGAAGCCACCAUUAAAAUAGAAGGGAAUCUUGUAUCGGACCACUCUGCUCUAAGCUUUGCCACAGGAACAGCAGCUGCAGGAGCACUUCUGGCUGGAAUAUUCUUCAUUGGCCUCUGGAUACAUCAGAAAAAACAUGCCCCAAAGACCUAUACUGUAAAAGCUUAAAUAAAAUGUAUUCUGUAAUCUAAAGUUUCUUUUGUACCAGUCCCAUCUAGGAGACAGGUAACUCCCACCCACCCCACAUGUGUCAACUUGGUUUCUGUAAACAUAUGUAGUUAACUCUCUGGCUACACUUA